AUGGUCGCAGACCUCACAGGCAAACCAGCACGAGACAUCGUUGAUGGCGCACUGCAGGUGCUUGAAAACUUGGAUCAUCGAGGCGCCCGGGGCUGCGAGAAGGACACAGGAGAUGGUGCAGGUAUUCUCUGUGGGAUUCCCGACAAGUUUAUGCGGCGUGUAGCAUCGGAGUUGUCAGUGGAGCUGCCUCCUCCGCGCCAGUACGCAGUGGGGAAUGUGUUCUUGGACCAAGGUCAGGAUGGCACCAAAGAAGGAAAGCGUAUUUUUGAACAGGUCUUGGGGUCGAUUCCUGGACUUCGUUUGCUCUUGUGGCGGCGAGUACCUGUGGAUUCGGAGUGUCUGGGGAAGACGGCCAAAGAUCAUGAGCCAACAAUAGAGCAGGUCUUCAUUGCAGCAGAAGGCCAACUGAAGACCGAUUUGAAGCGCUUCGAAGCAGCCUUGUUUGUGCUGCGAAAGCGUUCAGCAAACCUUGCAGCGCAGCAGCCAGGGCUGCCAUUCUAUGUGUGCUCCCUAUCUCCUCGAGUGUUGAACUACAAGGGAAUGCUGACGUGCCCAGGUUUAGUGCGCUACUUUCUGGAUUUGCAGGAAGAUGAUUUUGAGUCUCAUGUUGCGUUGGUGCAUAGUCGCUUCUCGACCAACACUUUUCCAGCUUGGCGACGAGCGCAUCCCUUCCGGCAUAUUUGUCACAAUGGUGAAAUCAACACGCUGAAAGGAAACGUCAACUUUGCGCGAGCCCGAGAAGGUCUGAUGAGCUCUGAACUCUUGGGAGCUGAGCUGGAACAGUGCUUUCCAUUGAUGGAGAUGGAUCAGACCGACAGUGGCAUUUUUGACAACUUCCUGGAGGUCCUUGCGAUCUCAGGGCGUAGCAUGCCUGAAGCGGUUGCAAUGAUGAUGCCUCCAGCAUGGGAGAAUGCAGAAGAGUCCAUGGAUCCAAAGAUCCGUGACUACUACAAGUUUCAAGCUGCGCUUCUGGAGCCUUGGGACGGACCAGCCCUGGUCUGUUUCACCGAUGGCGAUGGCGUAGGAGCUUCGCUCGAUCGGAACGGGCUUCGUCCAUGCCGAUAUUACGUGACGAACGAGAAGAGGAUGAUUAUCUCCUCAGAAUGUGGAGUUCUCAAGCUUCCAGCCGAAUCCAUCGUUGAGAAGGGACGUUUGUCUCCCGGUAAGAUGCUGUGGGCUGACUUUGCCAAGGGCACAUUGACCAAGGACUCAGAGCUGAAACAGUCCUUCGCUGCGCCCUCGCCCUGGGGCGACUGGCUCAAAAACGAGUCCAUUACAAUGAAAACUCUGCUGGCUGCUAAGAAGCCAGCAACCAACAUCACCGACGACCUGCGAGCGCCCUUGCUGCGGAGCUUUGGAUACACCCAGGAGUCACUUGAGCUUCUGCUACUUCCAAUGGGCCGGGAUGGAGAAGAAGCCCUUGGUAGCAUGGGCAAUGACACCCCAUUGGCAUGCCUCUCUGAGCAGAAUCGACCAGUCUUCGACUUCUUCUACCAGCUUUUUGCGCAGGUGACCAACCCACCCAUUGACCCUAUCAGAGAGGCGGUGGUGAUGAGCCUAGGUUGCUGGGUGGGUCCUGAGACGAAUGUCCUGGCCAAUCCAAGCCCCCGCCAUUGCCAGCGGCUUUGGCUCGACCACCCAUGCUUGCUACCAGCUGAGAUGGCUGCGCUGCCGAUGACGAAGGAUUUGAAGGGUUGGGAGAUGCGAACUGUGGAUAGCACCUUCCCCAUGGCCGAAGGUGCCGCUGGCAUGGAGCGGCACUUGGUGCGCGUGGCCAACGAGGCUGUUUGGGCGGCCAAGAAUGGCUACCAGAUCAUCGUCCUCUCUGACAGGAGAUCCAUGUUGUUUCUGUGA